ACAUUCGGUACUUACAGCGGAGCCUUCUAUAGUUGGAUAACAAAAGAUUGGGUUGGGUUGAUUACCUGGCUGAAACCGACUUUGAUUAUAUUGUAUAUUUUAAAAGUAAGAAAGAAUUCGGACCAAAAAAAGAUUAAUGUAUUAAAGCCAUAUACACAAGCUAUCAAAUUUAAAUACAUAUUACGAUAUUUCGAAUUUGUUGUACUAAUUUUGAAAUAUUGUACGUUUGCGAAUGGAAAAUGUUGUCAUUUUGGAGGCUGGUUCCAUGGGCUUUCAUGGGAUCUAAGGCUGGCUAGAUUGGGGAAAGUUAUAAGAGAAAAUCGAAAUCGUAGCAAUGGACAGAUAUUUGUCUAAGUCGAGCCCCUAAAUAAUAUAUGUAUAUAUAUUUUGCUACAAGAUGUCGGCUGAAAUCGAAGAGAUCCUCAAGCGCUACUCAAACUAUCCGAAUGUGUCGGGCAUCAUAAUCGUGGAUGCGUUUGCCAUACCCAUCAAGACCACAAUGGAGUACACCCUGACCGUUCACUAUGCUGCCCUGGCCAACAAUCUGCUGGCGAAGGGCUCCAAGAUGGUCCAGAAACUGGAUUCCUCGAACGAAUUGACAGCUCUACGCUUGCGCACCCUCAACCACGAGCUGAUGAUUGUACCCGAAGAGAAUUUCUUCAUCGUUGUGGUGCAGAAGCCAUGCGAAUGAAUGAAUGAAUGAAUGAAUCCUUUUUCGAAUGCAGCAAUACGUUGAAUAAACUUUGUUUGCUGCCGCUGCAAUGGUCCUUUAUCUAGUUUUAA